AUCUUUGAACCGUUAUCGCUAGAUGUAAACAUACAAACACAAAUUUUAGCACACAAUUUUAUGUUUGGUUAAGCCAACAAACAUUUUCCUGAAGUUUAAUUUUAUUAUUUGGUUUGAUAUUGCCGCUGAGGAGAUUUCUGAUCAAGAAUCUACAAGCGGAAAUCAUGUGAAGAUUCACAGUCGUGAUUGGACCAUGUGGGUGUGAAGAUGUGUCCCCUGAUGACGUAAGACGGUUGAGACCAAGUGGGCCACUAAGUGAUGAACAAAAGGCCAAUAAAUUGUCACUCUUCAAGAUGUUGGCUGACGAUGAAAAUCGCCGCGUCUACAACGACACUUAUACUAACGUCUCAUACACCUUAUUUGAAGACUCCCGACUCAUCUCUCUCCUCAAAUAUGGCGGGCCCAACAACACCAAUAUCGGAGAAGUACUUCGAGCGUUGGAAGAUUACCGGAACAAGUACAACAUUUCCGUAAUGAAAGAAUGCUACCAUUCCGAAUAUUGCUCUGGGGAAUUCCGAGACUUGAUCCUGGCAUACAAUAAUAUCCACGGAUAUGUCAGCUUAUUGGUGUGCCUAUUCGGCAGCCUCGCGAAUGCCCUGAACGUGGCCGUGUUGACGCGGCGCGACCUGGCCGCGGCGCCCAUCAACCGGCUGCUCAAGUGGCUCGCUGUCGCCGAUGUCUUCGUCAUGCUCGAGUACGUGCCCUUCGCCAUCUACAGGUAUCUGCUACUGCCCGGCCAGGAUGAGCGUCCGUACCCGUGGGCGGUCUACAUGCUCUUCCACAGCCACUUCACUCAGAUCCUGCACACCGCCUCCAUACUGCUCACUCUCUCGCUGGCUGUCUGGAGGUAUAUCGCUAUCAAGUAUCCGUCCCAUAGCCCCGCGCUGUGCACAGAUAGACGUUGCUCCCUCGCCAUCCUGAGCAGCUUCGUUCUACCGCCAAUACUCUGCAUACCUUCAUAUUUCGUAUUCACAAUCCACAAAGAGUUCACAGUUGACCGGAGGAAGGUGUACUUCGUUGACUCGGACUACGAAGGCAGUUUAUACCAGAUCAACUUCUGGGUCCACGCAGUCCUUAUCAAGCUUCUGCCCUGUUUUAUACUGACAGUCAUCAGUGCUUGGUUGAUCCGGGCGUUAUAUAGAGCUAACAGCAGGAAGAAAGCCUUGAAGGGAUACAGUGCAUGUCACACUGAUACUGUUGUCAAUGGUAACGGGAAUGUGUUCACGAGGAAAUCGACGAAGCGGUCAAAGGCGGAGAGAAGAACGGACAGGACAACGAGGAUGUUGCUUGCUGUUCUUCUUUUGUUUCUUCUGACGGAAUUCCCUCAAGGUAUACUCGGUUUGCUGAGCGGUGUCCUCGGGCGAUGCUUCUUCAAACGCUGCUACGAUCUGUUCGGGGAGCUGAUGGAUGCUCUGGCCCUGCUGAACGGAGCCAUCAACUUCGUGCUCUACUGCUCCAUGUCGCGUCAGUUCCGCACCACCUUCGGGCAACUCAUGAGGACCCGUUGUGCUUCGACUCCAAGAGCCAGUUCCCAUACAGAGCUACAGACUACUUAUGUAUGAUCGCGGAAGAUCAAAAAAGUGAAGGUGUAAAUUUGAGGAUUGUGAGGAUUGAACUGUUGGAAACUGAACUUAAAAAGUGAGGUUAGGUUAGGUUACUGUUUUUUAAGAUAGCGAAUUCCUAAUAUGACACACAAACACACACACACACACGACACACACACACAACACACGACACGACACGAGAGACACGAGACACGAGUUGGACACGAGUUGGACACGAGAGUUCAUUCAGGGUGUAUAUAGUAAGAAAGAUUACUAAUGGUAUCAAACUAUCGGUGAUUUAACAAAUUAUACGUACUUGUCCCAAAUUUUAAUUCAAAAAGUUUAUGCAGGGUUAGGUCCUUUUCCUGAACGAUGUGGCACAAAAUGAUCCACCAACCCGCAUUGGAGCAGCGUGGUGGAGUAUACUUCAUACCCCCUCCGGUUGUUUGAGGAGAGGCCUGUGCCCAGCAGUGGGACGUAUAUAUCGAAGGCUGUUUAUGUUCAAGUAUCGUAAGCCAUUCAA